CUGUACUAUUUUUCGUGUUAUUUUUCAAGUUCAAAGGUUACAGGUGAAAGUAUCGUAGUAUGCACAAAAGAGCAACUCGCACCGGUUAAACGGUUGAUUCAGCAUAAAGCUGUUUUUGCUCGUCGAUGUGCAGUCAAACGACGUCGGAUUAAGCUGAUCGUUGAGGCAAUAUGCAGUGCACUUUGUAGCGCACAAGACGAACUGGAAAAUCUGCUCAGAAUGUUGUUUUUCGGAUGCGACACGCCGCUCGAAGAUUUGCUCAAUAAGCUCAUUGCUGCAAAAUUAAUCUCUUCUCAAAAAGGUUGUUCGGCUGGUGAGUUACGUGGAACUCAACUGGGACAAGCGGUAUUUGCAUCUUCAUUACCAGCCGAUAUCGCUCUGCAAGUUUAUGCUGAUCUGGAAAAAGCAAUGCACUCACUGGCUUUGGACACUGAACUUCAU